AUGGCAACUCACACGAGGGCGGGCUAUGAUGAAGAAAUGAACUCUCUGUACCCCUUGCUCAGUCAACAAAUGGACCAAUCACUUUCCAAUUGGGGUAGAUUGAAUAGUCACUACAUGACCCUUCAACAGAGAUACAAGAAGAUGGGCACAAUAUUAGGUAAACUGGAGGAGCAAACACCAGUGGUGUCAGCAACUUUUGAUGAAUUCUUGUUCUUUGUUACCGGUUCUGAUACCUUCAAGGGUAAAGCACCUGCAUACCAUAUAUCAAGCUUGGCCAUGACUGACAUCAGAGCUCUCAGAGAAAUGGCAGACUGGCAUUUGCAAUCCAUCCAAAAUCUGAUGAAUAUUGCAAUUGGAGGCAUCGAGGCUCUGAAGCCUUACACUGAAGACACAGCACGGCAAGACCAUAUAAGUGAAUUGUGGACAGGAUGGGAGACAGCAGUGUACUGGUUUAAGGAGGAUCUUGGCUUACAACUCCCCCCAUGA